AAUGAGUAUGUAACUCACUCAAAAACCCGCUACAAUAUAUUAAGUACGCUAAUCUAGUGUUACACCACCUCAGAAAUUACAUAACAAUCCCAAUUAUAUGAGUUGUUAGAAAUUGAGAAUGUAAUAUAACAUUAUUGAUAUCAAAGGAGCAUAAUAGAUCAACUAUCACCUAUAAAGGAUUUAACAGUCAAUCAAAGUUAAAGGAGUUCAUUCUAUUAAGUAAGAGGAAAAUCUGGAUCUACUGCUACCUUAAUGCCAAAUAAAACCCAACCUAAUAAAUUAUUAGAUUCUACUAGUUUUAAUACAACCUUGAAUUAUACACAAGAAAGUAAUUUUGAUAAAAAAGGUAACACAAUACCAAAAGGAAUGAAAAUAAAUAAUUUUGAAAUUUUAAAGGAUUAAUUAAGAUUUGCUAUUUGUUAGUUAGAAGAUCUUAAGAAAUCAUUUGAUAAAGUUAUUUAAAGUCAAUUUGAUCAAGUCAUUUAAGUAAUAAAAUCAUCUGCUUAAUUGUCUAUUUCAUUAGUUGAUGAAAAUACUCAGGUUAAACAUAAAUUAAAUUCAUUACAAAGCAAUUCUGAAUAUGAUAAGUUGAAAUUAAUAAUGGAAUAAUUGCAAUAAAAAAUAACUGUAUUAGUUAAUGAUAAUUCAAAAUUGAAUCAUUAAAUUAAUUAUUAACGAGAAGAGAAUAAAUAACUAAUAUAACAAAUAUCAGAAUCAGACAGAAGAUAUUAAGAUUUGUUGAUGUCUUCAUAAAAUAGAUUAAAUAAAGAGAACAUGAAUCCAAAUAUUAACCAUAAUAUACAUAUCAACACUUAUCCAAAUUCAUCAAAUACAAAAAAUAAUUAUACUUAAAGAGAACUUAGUUAUAAAUUAGAAUAAUCAGAAAUUAAAUUAUUGACACUUUAAAUAAGCAAUGACAAUCUCAGAUAAUAAUUAUAACAUACUUAGUUAGAUCAUUAAACAUUUUAAUAAUUGAAGGAAACUAUAGCUUCUUUGGAAAUAAAAUCAGAAAGCUUCUUGAAUUAGAAAGAUUCACUUCAAUAAGAGAAUGACCUUCUAAAUCAAAAAAUAUAAAGUCUUGAGAAACAAUUACAAGACUAAUCUCAAAAGGCUGAAUAUAUAAUAUAUAUUAACUAAUUAGAAACAGAUAUAAAAUAAAUUAGGUAAGAGAAAAAUCAAAAUUAUUAGACCAUUAAUUCUCUCAAUAACACUGUAUCUUAAUUAAAGGAAUAAAUUAGUAUAUUAUCAAUACAAAAAGAUUAAUCAGAAGUAUAUUCUUAUUUAAUAAUUAGAAUACUUAUCUUUAAUAGGUUUAAUCAUAAUAAAAUGAAUUAUCACAAACAAAUUCAAGAUACUAAUUAUUAUGGCAGGAGAUAUCUGAAAUGAGAGAUAGGUUAGAAUAAAGACAAAUUUAAGAAGAUAGUCAUAAUAUGUUAUCAAAUGCAGAAAAGGCAUUAUUUGAAACUUAAAUUUAGAAUUUAAAUGAUAAAAUAAAAGACUAUGAAUAAAUGUUAUUACAUUAUGAAUCAAAAUCAAGGUAAUCUAUUUAAAAUAUUUAGAUAAUUAGAAUCAUAGAUGAGCUAAAAUUAAUUAGAAAUGGACAAUUAUAAAAGACAAUUAGAACAUAUUAAUAAUUAUAAUAAUAAUUCUUUAGAAAUAUAGGAGUUGCAAUGGAAAAUGAAUCAAUUAAGUAUUAUUUUUAUUUUUUAAAAUAGAUUAAAUUAUUCAAAGAAAGGAGAAGGAUUAUUAAGUAAAAAUAGAUGAAUUAUAGAAUAUUAAAUAAGCAUUAGAUUAAUAAGUAAAAAAGAACUAGAACUUAGAAUUAAGAAUUUUACAUUUUAUGGAAUAAGAAGUUAAGACAAACGCCAAUUUGAGAAGAAAAUAAUGA